AUGGAACUGCAAGCUGUGGUGCUGGGGGAUCACGACGAUGGCGGCGGGACGCGGCUGUAUCCCCUCAAUGAAGUUACACCCAAGUGCCUCCUCCCUGUCGCUAACAGACCGUUGGUCAUGUACCAGCUCGCUCUGCUGGAGAGGAGCGGCUUCAAGGAUGUGAUAGUAGCUACCACACCGAAGGCCAGGGACGAGCUCGUCAACUUCAUGGACCAGGGGUACAAGGGGUCGAUCAAGGUUGACAUCGUAGAGGUGGACGAGAACUGUGAGACGGCAGACGUUCUGCGUGCUCUGAAAGAGAAAAUCACCAAAGAUUUCGUCGUAGUGAGUGGGGACCUUGUCACGGACGUAUACGUUCAUCACCUCGCCGACGUUCACAGGAUCAACGAUGCCACAUGCACGGUGCUCUUGAGGCCUCCAAAGCAGGAGGUGAAACAACCUGGGUCGAAGCCUGCCAAGGGCGAGGGUGGAAACGUCGAUUUUGUUGCUCUCGAUGCCAAGAGGACGAGGCUGUUGUGCCUGGAAUCAGCCGCGGACGUUGAAGACAAGUUGACUCUUCCGCGGAAAGUGUUGCGGAGUUACCCGAAUGUUUCCAUCACGAACAAGAUCCUGGAUGCCCACUUCUACAUCUUCUCUCGAUGGAUUCUUGACCUGCUGGAAGAAGAAACCGAGAUUCGGUCUAUCAAGACCGAGCUCGUGCCAUACCUCAUCAAGAGUCAGUUCUCUUCAAAGUCGGUGCCGGGACAGCCGGUUCUUGUUUCGGAAGAGGAAGAAGACGAAGAUGAGAAGGCUGACGAGAGCCUGGUAGACGACGAUGCGGAGCGAUCGAAGUUCGUUCCCAUCCGCUGCCAUGCGCUCAUCUACGAUGGAGGAUACUGCAGUCGCGCCGACUCCCUACACACCUACAAGGAAAUGAACUUCGAGGUCCCCCGCCAUCAAGGUCAUAGCGUCCCGUGGGAGCCCAACUCCUCUUUCCCAGACAAGACCGAUGAGGAGAAGAGAGCGUUUGCAAAGAAAGUCGGGUCGGACUGUGUUGUUGGCGAGGGGUUUGCGAUCGGGGAGAAGAGCAGCAUCAAGAAGUCAGUGAUCGGCAAACAUUGCUCGAUAGGGAGCAAUGUGAAGAUCGUCAAUUGCAUCCUACACAGCCACGUGACUAUUCAGGACAACUGUAAUCUUACGGGAUGCGUCAUCUCCAACAAUGUAUACAUCGAGAAUGAUUGCACGGUUACCAACUGUCAGAUUGCAGACAAGUACCAGAUGGAAGCCGAAAGCCAACACAAGAACGAGACUCUGCUGGCAGACGAGUAGAUCCACUUCGAUCUUUCACACUUCCAGCCUUUGGAUAAAUCAGUGCUCUCUC